UCCUGUUGCAAGUUUGACUCAGACCCUAGAGGUAAAGAUCUUCAGAUGGGUUGCUUGCCUUUUUUAUUCUUUAAAUCAAGAGAAAGUGAGAGCGUUUCCUGGAUUGCGAUGGGAAAGGGUAGCAAAGUGGUAGUUUGCGGAUCGGCGUCAGUUGGAAAAACUGCCAUCAUUGAACAGCUGCUGUAUGGAAACUAUGUAGUGGGUUUGGAAGGUAGCGAAACCUUAGAAGAUAUAUAUAUUGCCUCAGUAGAAACAGACCGUGGUGUAAGGGAACAACUAAGGCUUUAUGACACCCAAGGACUUCAGGAAGGCGCAGAGUUACCCAAACACUAUUUUUCCUUUGCUGAUGGCUUCAUUCUGGUCUAUAGUGUGGAUUGUAUGGCAUCAUUUCAAAGAGUUGAGAAGCUGAAGAGGGAAGUGGAUAUGUUUAAAGACAAAAAAGAGGUAAUGAUAAUAGUUUUAGGAAACAAGACGGAUCUUGCUGACCAAAGAAAAGUGGACCCAGAAAUGGCUCGUCAGUGGGCGAAGAGUGAGCGAGUGAAGCUUUGGGAUGUGUCUGUGACAGACCGAAGUACUCUGAUUGAACCAUUUACAUAUCUAGCAAACAAACUGAAUCAAAUCCAGACCAAAUCCUCCUUCCCUUUGCCGGGGAGGAAAAGCAAAGGCACUCCUUCCGACACCUAAAAUGACUAUUUCUGCUGAGAUAGAUAAACCCUGUUCCUCAAUGUUCUCAUUGAGAGUUUAAUGUUCCAAAGCAGUCUUUCUAUCACUAUGCAUUUGAACCCUAUAUUUUCUAAAUAAAUUAUUAAUA